GGCCCGUUAUGGUUAGCGGCCCAAUUCUGAUAGGGUUUUCAAUCUUUCGAACCGCCGCAUUCGCCACUAUAUAUGCACAAAAUCUCCUCUCGUUUUCUAGGGGUUUCAGUGGCGACAACACAGAUCGAACUCUGAAGAAUUCGCCAUGGGGAGGAGACCUGCAAGGUGCUAUCGCCAGAUCAAGAACAAGCCUUACCCAAAAUCACGAUACUGCCGUGGUGUGCCUGAUUCUAAGAUUAGGAUUUAUGAUGUAGGAAUGAAGAAAAAGGGAGUUGAUGAGUUUCCCUUUUGUGUGCAUUUGGUCAGUUGGGAGAAGGAGAAUGUCUCUAGUGAGGCCCUUGAAGCUGCACGUAUUGCUUGCAAUAAAUACAUGACCAAAUAUGCUGGAAAGGAUGCUUUCCACUUGAGAGUGAGGGUGCAUCCAUUCCAUGUCCUGCGCAUUAACAAAAUGCUUUCAUGUGCUGGGGCUGAUAGGCUCCAGACUGGAAUGCGUGGAGCUUUUGGUAAGCCUCAGGGAACCUGUGCACGUGUUGCCAUUGGCCAAGUCCUCCUGUCUGUCCGCUGCAAGGAUGCUAACAGUCCUCAUGCCCAAGAAGCCUUGCGCCGAGCAAAAUUCAAAUUCCCUGGCCGUCAAAAGAUCAUUGUCAGCAGGAAGUGGGGAUUUACCAAGUUUAGCCGCACUGAUUAUGUAAAAUGGAAAUCAGAAAAUCGCAUUGUUCCAGAUGGUGUCAAUGCUAAGCUUCUUGGGUGCCAUGGACCUUUGGCAGUUCGACAGCCUGGAAGAGCAUUUUUACACUCAACUGCUUAAAUUGUAUGAGCACAAGGCCAAACAUUUAGGACACAUUUCUCUAGUUCUGACCUCGUUUUUAGAACUGCAGUGCAUGUUUCCUUGCUGCAAUUCAGUUUCUGGAACACCGUUUCUCUACUUGGUACUUUUUGUUGGAAUUCCUAUUUUGCAUUAUCGUUUAAAGAUUUCUCGUGGUUUUUACUG